GGGUGGCCUCUUGGCUCCAUAGUGGUGAAGCUCUGUAAAGCCAUUCUUGUGUUUUAGUGCAAGCAUCCCCAAGGAGUUUUGUGUGUCAUCGGGACCUUGAGACACACCCACACACACACACACACACACACACACACACACACACACACACACACACACACACACACACACACACACACACACACACACACACACAUACACACACACACAUUGAUGUUCAGCCUCUCCUUUUUAGAGUAAAACCUGGCAGACCUCUUAUCUCUAAAAGAUUGAUGAGGCUCUGUACAGGCGCAGGAGGCCUGGCAUAGCGUCGAUAAGGCAGAUUUUAUUUCGCUACAUUUUAUCCCUCGCUCCUUCCUUUCUUCUCUUUUCCUCCAUGUUGAGGGACACAAGGGCUGGCUAUGAAGCGUGAAUGAGGAUUACGACAUGGCAAGGCCCCUGGGCGAGAAGGAUAGUGUUUUAAGAAAAAAGGAAGCAUGAAAUGCCCCGGACAUGACAGUUCUCUUGUCUUCUGUUGCUCACGUCAGACAGCCGUGUGGUAGCCGAGCAGAACGCCAGAGUCGGCAUGUCACUGUCAAACUGCUGGAGCUGGAAUAUAGUGAAACUACAGAGGGACACUCAGAGCUGAGAGGAGCUGAACACACACACAUCCCACACCUGCACACACUCACAAACACACUCAGAGCAUUUCACACGUGACAAUGUGCAACAUCACCUUCUGUGAUGUGGACAGUAAGGUGGACCAGUUCUUCCAGCCCACGCUCUACAUCAUAGUCAUUGUUCUGGGGCUGCCCACCAACUGCAUGGCAUUGUGGGCAGCCUACAUGCAGGUACGGCAACGCAAUGAGCUCGGCAUCUACCUGAUCAACCUGUCAGUGGCUGACCUCCUCUACAUUACCACUCUUCCUCUGUGGAUCGACUACUUCCUGCAGCACGAUGACUGGAUCCACGGUCAGGAGAGCUGCAAGCUAUUUGGCUUCAUCUUCUACACCAACAUCUACGUCAGCAUCGCCUUCCUCUGCUGUAUAUCACUGGACAGGUACCUGGCCGUAGCAUAUCCACUGCGCUUUGGCAAGGUUCGACGAAUCAAAACAGCUAUCCUGGUCAGCAUCAUGGUGUGGACAAUUGAGAUCGUAGCCAACUCUGCUCCUCUCUUCCACGAUGAGCUCUUCCAGGAUCGAUUCAACCACACUUUCUGCUUUGAGAAGUAUCCCAUGCAGGACUGGGUGGCAGGGAUGAACCUCUACAGGACAUUUCUGGGCUUUCUCGCUCCAUGGACAGCCAUGCUUGUCGCCUACCGUGGGAUCCUGGUAGCAGUGCGCUGCAACGUCUCAACAGAGCGUCAGGAAAAGGCCAAAAUUCAACGUCUGGCGUUGAGUCUGAUCCUGAUCGUUUUGCUCUGCUUUGGACCGUACCACAUCCUCCUGCUGGUGCGGAGUGUCAUGUUUCUAAAGAAGCCAUGUGACUGCAGCUCAGAGGAGAGCUUGUUUGCAGCGUACCAUGUAUCAUUGGCGCUGACCAGCCUCAACUGCGUUGCCGACCCCAUUUUGUACUGUUUUGUCAACGAGGGGGCGAGGCACGACGUUGGCCGAGCUCUCUCAGCUUUACUUUCUGCAGCUUCACAGCGCCUCCCCCCCCCCCCCCCCCCCCACACGCCCACACCCCCCCGCCCCCCCCCCCCCCCCCCGCCGGCGGGGAGAUUUUGCACGCUGGUGAGAGACAAGACAAACAGCUACAAGACAGAACUGGUGGCUCUGAAGGAGGAGUGUCUACAGAUGACCAUCCUCAGUGUUAGGAAGUGACUUCAACCGGGAAUAUACAGUACUGUAGGAAGUCCAAACUGCUCAGCACAGUGGAUGGAGGAAGCUCCUAACACUGACAGGGUCUGAUGUCUUCUGGCCUGACAGGCUGGAAUCACAUGCAUUUAUGAGGCUGUAGAAUUUUUAGGUGAAAGCUUCCACUAAAUGGCACAUUUACUAGCCAGAAUGGGAAUGAGAUUCAUGAAAGAUAUAUUGCCUCUAGCCAUGGUAGCAGCCCCUGACAUUGAAAUGCUUACACACCAGAAAACAAAAUUGUCGGGUGAAUGAACAUUUGAGAGUCUAUUUUUGCUAUUGUUAAAGAUCCUUACCAUUAGUGGGGCAAUGAGGGUGGCAUUGAGGACAAGUCAUGUUGAAAAUCAAAAGGGUUUAUCCUUUGUUCGGCGACCACAGACAGCUUGUCAGGCUCAGUCCUUUGUUGCUGAUUUGUUACAACGUCCAUUACUUCAAGCUGUAGUUUGUCAGACCUCUGCACAGCUGCACUGCAUGCUAAUGUUAACAUGCUAUAUUAUCAUCAAUCAGGAUUCAGCAAUAAGCUUCAGAGGUAUUCUCGUGAAGUGUUCAACCGGAGGAAAUGUUGACCUGCAGCUGGCGCUGUAUGAAAUGUCAGGGGAUCACCAAAGUCCUCAGGAUUCAGCCACGGUGGACCACCAAUGUCUGUACCAAAUUUAAUUCCAAUCCAUCCAGUAGAUUUUGAGAUAUUUCAGUCUGGACCAAAACAGAUCAACAGACCAGCUGACAUCCCUGCAGUCAUCUCACUGGUGCAGCUAACAAGGAUCUUAUCAAUCACCCACUGUGCCAGGAGUCAUUGACAAGGCCUCGGAAGACAUUCUUGAAUAUUUAAGUGGAAAAAUUUAAACACACUACAUUCUGCAUGGCUGAAUAUUGUUAAUGGUCUGAGAGGAGGCACCUUUGACUUCAGACUGCAUGAAUGCACCACUUUGGAAUAUGGAAGAAGAGCAGGAGGGUAAUAAAAAAGAUUGUAGGUUAAUGGUCAAUAAAAUUAUUUGAAUGCUUGUUGGAAACGUUUUAACUGUUUAUUAGUUUUUUUUAAGAAAAUAAUGAAGCCAUAUAAAGUACCUCAGCUCGUAAACUGUGAUAGCAAGAAGGCUGAAAGUAGAAGUGUCAUGCAAGCAAUGUUUUUUCUCUUUCAUUUUUAACACAGACAGGACGACAAUUAAGAACUCCUAAACCAAAGCCCGCAUUCAGCUCAGAAGAAAGUCAAAUAAAUCAGUUAUACUUAAACUACAUUAUGUUCAGCCUGUUCUCAUGAACCAUACGUUCGAAAAUCUAUGAAAAAAUUAAGCACUGUAAUUCGUAUGACUUCCAUGUUGUUGUUUUUUGCUGUGUGCACCAAUUGAUUGGUGCUGUAUAAGAACGCGGCUGGCGUUACAAGACUUUCAAGCCAAGGAGCGGAGUUCGCUUCCCAGGGAAAACAAAAGACUUUCAGCCAGGAAAUGCGUGUUCCUUGGGAGUGUUUUAAUUCAAACCACAAUCGUUUUCCUAAACUUAACUAGUCGUUUCGGUGCCUAAACUUAACUUUCAUCGUCGCGUAACACUUACUUUUUGUUGCCUAAACUUAACCGCAAUCUCUGCCGAAACGACCGGCAGCUCGCGGGGUUCUGUACCCAGUACACAGUCACCUAUUCUCGGGUAACUGAACCACCAACUACCGCUGACCUGACGGAGAACUAGCUACGACCAGUAGCUCCCUGUGCUCUGUACCCGGCACACAGUCACCUAUUCUCGGGUAACUGAACCACCAACAAUGAUCGGCAGCUCGCAGUGCUCUGUACCCGGCACACGGUCACCUAUUCUUAUGUAACUGAACCACUAACUUCCGCUGACCUGACGGAGCCGGUGUCGCAGAGCUCUGUAGCGGCUAAACACAUCUACCAACUGCUGCUGAUACGAUAAGCUGGGACGGAGGUCUGUAGCCGCGUCACAAAGCUCUGUAGCGGCCCAAACAAUUAGCAACUGCCGCUCGGCGUCACAGACCUCUGUAGCAGAUGUCACGUGACCAGCUGGCGGUCUCCUAGUUUUCGUAUGAUAUCAUACGUUUUAGUGUGCAUAACGUUUCGUGCGAUAACUAUACGAACGCGUUCAUGAGAAUGUGUUGUUAUGUUAAGAGCACUGUGGGGCAGAAAAACAGCCUUUACUGAAACUGUGUUGCCAGAGAACCAUCUCUCAACCUCCAUGAAUCCAAACUACAUGCUUAGGCUUUGGUAAAGGCAAUCCACAGUUGACCUCAUACUGUUUACAUUCCUAUUUCAGACAGAUGCCUUCUAACGUGAACUGUCCCAAAAUUCCUAAUAAUAUACAGAACAUUGUCUUUUUCAUUUUUGAGUCAUUUUUCUCAUCACACAAAAUGUUUUUCAGAUCUUCGUUUUCCCUAAAGGAAAGAUUUAUACAUUCGUUCUUCAUUCAAGUAACACUCCAGGCUGCUAAAAGCUUGUCAUAUUAGGGAAACAAAUUAAGAGAAAUUUUUUCUGUAAUGUCAAAAGUCUGAUAAGAAAAUUAAGAAAUACUUAAAAAAAACAUCUCCAGUGGUCAGCAGAACUGUGGCAGCAGCCAUUGAAGGUCUGUGGCAGCAUUCAAAACAGCAGUGUACCACUCAUUCUUUUUUUAUGAUUUAUUUAAAAAUCAACAUUUAAAUAAAAGGUACAAUAAGCAUGUCCCUCCUUUUGUGUGUGAAGCUGAUUGUUGUUAAGUGAUACUGACAAUUUGUGGUCCGCCAACACUGGAUUAGCUGCUAUAUUUUUCCAUAGUAUAUUAACUACUUUCUGAAGUUCUUAUGUACAGUGAGCACUGUCAGGGCCAGAAAAAAAAAAGAAAUCCUGAAAAAAUGUUCAUGUGCAGUGCAUUUACAACGAUUUGACAUUAAAUUGAUGUUCCUUUUCCUAUAGUUGACAGCUUAUUUUUACAGUAAAUCCAACACAAAGUGCCCAAACAUAGCAUUUUACAACAGUUGGGAUGCCAAAACUUAAUGGCUGCCUCUACAACAGAGCGUUGAAUACUGUACAUAAAGAAAGUAUAGGUGUCACUGAAGAGUCAGACUGGUGCUACCUUUACACGUGGCCGGCUAUUUUCAUAAACGGACAUUUCAACCUCUCCGUUUUCAAAAAUAACAUCGUGCACAGCUGUCAGUUUUCAGAAAAGUGUUCGUUUACACGUACCCGUGUAUAUAU